CGUUUCCCCUCGCGACGCCGCUCCAGCCGCCGCCGCCGCCGCCGCCUGGCCGUGGACGCCCGCGCCGCCCACCAUUUUUCAAUGUAGCUAACUGGCUAACAUCAUGACGGGCAUCGCCGCCGCCUCCUUCUUCUCCAACACCUGCCGGUUCGGGGGCUGCGGGCUGCACUUCGAGACUCUGGCCGAGCUCAUCGUUCACAUCGAGGACAACCACAUCGACACGGAUCCCCGCGUGCUGGAGAAACAGGAGCUGCAGCAGCCAACAUACGUCGCUCUCAGCUACAUCAACAGGUUCAUGACUGAUGCUGCCCGUAGAGAGCAGGAAACCCUCAAGAAAAAGGUCCAGCCCAAACUAUCCCUGCCUCUGACGGGCGGUGUGUCCCGAAACAGCGUGUCGACGCCUCCCCGGCACAGCAGCGGCAGCCUGACCCCACCCGUCACUCCACCCAUCACUCCCUCCUCCUCUUUCCGUAGCAGUACUCCUACAGGCAGCGAGUACGAUGAGGAGGAGGUGGACUACGAGGAGUCGGACAGUGACGAGUCAUGGACCACCGAAAGUGCGAUUAGCUCUGAGUCCAUCCUUAGUUCCAUGUGCAUGAAUGGGGGUGACGAGAAACCCUUCGCCUGUCCCGUGCCGGGCUGCAAGAAGAGAUACAAGAAUGUGAACGGCAUCAAGUACCACGCCAAGAACGGCCACCGGACCCAGAUCCGGGUGCGCAAGCCCUUCAAGUGCCGAUGUGGGAAGAGCUACAAGACGUCUCAGGGCCUCCGGCACCACACCAUCAACUUCCACCCGCCGGUGUCGGCCGACAUCAUCCGCAAGAUGCAGCAGUAGUGCUGGUCGCCGUGCCAACUCAUCACCAGCCCCCACCCCGAGACCUUCCCCAACACUACAGUCGUUCUGCAUGCUUUAACUGUUCCCAUUCGUUUCCCGUCUGUAAUCUGAAACGGUGGAUACCUGCAGAUUUAGUGGUUUUUAUACAUUUGCACACUUGUUAGCGUUAUGUAUUUCUGCCGACUUUGUCAUUACGGUGCUAAAUGUUUGUUUAAAAAAAGAAAAAGAAAAAAAAAGUAUGAAACGUACCUUGGAGACAGAAUAGCAGCUGUGAGAGCAGCCCGAUCCCUGACCCCAUCCCGAUGGGGCACAGGAGGGCAGGGGAGGGCGCCUGGCACGAACGGAGGGGCGUUUGACCAAUGGCGAGUCAGAGGGUUGGGAACGAACGUCUCCACUCGAACUCCAUCAUUCCAACAGAGAGUACUCUGGUAGUCAGCUAUCUAUGGUUAGCUUAAACAGCGAGCCAGUCGGAAUGUUUAUAAUCAACGUUAGUUAUUAUCUGGUAUAUAACAAAUGUAUGUGAAAAUUAUGCUUUCAGAAUCAGUUUUGCAGUGUAUGCUUUAUUUCUGUUUCAUUCUGUAGCAUAUUUUACUCGCGAUACUUUGGGAGCAUUUUAGGCUUAAAAGCUGCUUAAAUAUUUAGAUUUUUAUUAUUAUUUUUUUUAUGUUUAUCAGACCCAGAUAAUUAUGAGUUCUUUGUGUUUGAUGCCAAAAGACGAUCUCAGGUCAAUCGUUUUGCCAGCAAUCGAGAAACGUGAUUCUGCCCAAACAUUCCCACAACAUCUGGACCGAACCUUUCGCUGGGAUUCUCCCCCCUCCGCGCGUGGCCCCGGGUUUCCCUCGCAGCCCGGCGGAGCUGCUCCUGGGGGCAGGCGGAGGACGGUCCCCCCUCACCUGGGUGAAGUCUUUAAAGCACUUUGUUGUUUCCGCUGCCAACGACCUGCAGGGCUGCCGUGCGCCUGGGAGCCGCUGUCCUGCAGGGAAAACAAAACUAACCCGAGAGCUUUCAGCCCGCCAGCACUGCUGUGGACGUGCGUUUCAUCUGCCCCCCCACCCGCAUCCCGUGACUCCCUAGUAGGCCGUGCAUUUACCCGAUCUCUGACCGCCUUGUAUUUUCUAUCUCUGCAUUCCAGUAUAUGCCUAUGUAGCUUUAUGGUGAAACUUCGUGGAGUAUUUAGUUUAAACCUUAUCGAUUAGUAUUCUGCCGGUUUCGUGCAGCACGAGGUGUCCGUUUUGACACAGCCCUGCCUCCUCCGGAGCGCGUCCGCAUGGCCUGGAUAAGGGCUCCGCCGGCGCGGUAAGAGCACGAUGACAGCAGGCGUCUACCAAGUGCUCUCCUCUCGGCUCCUGCCUACUUGGGAGCACGGUGCCGUGCACAGUGCCGGCCUGCGGAGGAGAUGGGGCCGUCUGACACUCUCCAGCAACCCAUCGCUGCAUGAUUAUGAAUAUUGUUAAGGAACUCGGUCAUACUUAGCUUAAUUUUGUGACAGUAUUAUACAGCAAGUUUGGAGGGGACUAUUUUGAUAUAUUGUGUAUAGUGAAUGUAUUGUUACGUCUCCUGUAAGUGCUUUAAAUUAUAUUUUCGUAUGUGUGUAGAGAAUAAUGUACCAGUAUGUAUGAAGGCAAAAAAGAGGAUGUUUUGGAACCGAAGGUGAUAUAUUCUGUCGAACUUUCCUUUAAAAAGCUGCUUCUUAAAUGUAAAUCUUAUUAAAUUUUAAAGUAUGAAAGGCU